AUGGGGGACUCUCGUGCAGAAUGCCUGUCUCGCGCGAUACGGGCCUCUGGGCUCGCCUGGGCUGGCUGUGGUUCACUGUCUGAGAGCUUGCGGUCUUUCUUGGUCUGUCGUUGUUGCAUCACAUGGCUGAACACAGUAGAAGCUCUCCUGCCUUUGUCGCUUACAUGCCUAAGCUGGGCUGGUGCCUUGGAGCAGCAGAUCGACAUGGGGGAGGUCCCAGUGGUGGUGACAUUCCCGUGCGUAGCUAUACUACUGCGGCAGCCGCAGGAAACCAGGAGUAGUCUUGUCUCUUUGAUUUCUCGUGCCGCCCAGACCUCCCUCUUUCUUGAUUUUUCGAGGGUCUCCGGCCCAGCUCCUCUCCAGAGCGCCGCUGAGAAAAUUGGGAAAGACAUAUUUACGGGGAUGCACCACGCCGCUGAGUUGUCGCUCGACCUCGAAGCAUGGGACUCUCCUCUGGGCAGCUUUGUGAUGGAGUUGUGCAGACUCAUAUCCAGGAGCACCCAUACGCUAGACACCUUGCAGCUCAGGGGGGCCACCCUGCACCGCCGCAUGCGCGUUCUGCUGGUAUCAGGGUGCAGCAUAGACUCUUUACCCAGAAGACCCUUGUCACCGAGCAUUGAAGCCAACUGCGCUAGCAGCAACGCACGCAGCCGCAGCAGCAAUGAUUACAGCAGUGGCAUCAGCAGUAACAGCGAACCGCCGCAAAACUGGGGUGUAACAUCUAAAAGGAUUGAAGAAGAACAGGACAACGGUGAGCCUAGCCCACUGCACCCACAGCUCAGAAGGCCCCUGCCCUCUCCUCCCGCCUCUGGUGCUUUCUCUGUCCCCGUUUCCCCUCCCCUCUCUCCUCCCCAUGCGUCAGCAGUAGCAGCAGAAACUGCAGCAGCAACGGCAGCUCCACGAUCUGAUGACUGUCCUAUCUCUCUGGGCUCCGCUUCUUGGGAGACGUUCAAGGGCAGCGUCAGUUGCCUCACGGAUUGGGGGUCGUCUCCAGGAGACUCCCCUCGUCUUUCUCCGCAGGGCUUGCGUAAGCGCAACCUGUUUUACUUGCCUAUCCUCAAGCGGCUAACGGUAGAAGGCUUCCAGCUUUUGGAGUUUUUCGAGGCCCCCAAACUCCAAGAGAAUGCGAUUACCCUCACUUCAGAGGCUCACAGGCACGAGUCUAUCUUUAGAAUGCAGGAAGCAGGGCUAUCUUCCCAGAGGGGUCUUCGCGGGCCCCUCCAAGUCCCUGCCCAUCGCUACUGGGGUUCAGAAGUCUCUUUCACGCACCCCUGCCUUGCAGUUAGAUUCAUAUCCCUCAAUGGCGUUCACCUUCGCGCCAUGGACAUCGUAGGUUUCAUGGAGCCCCCCGCCAAGAGUGGCGUAAUAAAGUGGAUCAGAAGGGCCCUCGAAUCCAGCAACAAAAAUGCAUCCGCAAAUAAGCAACGGUUGCAACAGCAACAGAAGGAGCCACCAGACCAGCAACCUGCGGAGCAGGCAGAGGGCUGGCCAGUUGCAGAAGAUAACACGAAAAGGACAGAAGAUUGCCCUCUUGUGGAAGCUUAUGAAAUGGGUGCCCCUGGAGGUGCCCGUGAGAGCUUCCCUAGUGGCCCUGGAAUGGCUUGUGGUGCGACUGAGCACUCUGAGAUGUACUGCAGAGAAUGCAUCUUGUUGCGGCAGGGGGAAACGGGGACCAGUGCUUGGAUUGGCUGUUGCCGUCUUCCAGAGCUGGAGGAGCUGCGCCUAGACGACAUAACAUUUCUUGCAUUCAUUUCCGCCCCCUGUCUUCGACAGCUGGAGGUCAAUGUGUGCAACAGCGGGGAGUGGUUGCUGCUGUUGGAAUUUCUCAGACUAUACGGAUGCCACCUAACUCAGCUUAGCGUUUGGGCAGAAGACGUCCCCACCAACUGGCUCGACACUGUCCCCUCAGACCGCUACGGGGGUCGGCCUGAGGGUUUGGCGGGCUCCAAAACCUCCGCUGAGACGGCUCUCCUGGUAUCAUUUUUGCACAGACACGCCCUCACGUGGGGUGGGGCGGCGGCUACGCCACAGGAAAACCUCAGGCAGGCUCCAGCAGGGGCCAUUCGGCGUGUCUCGUCAGCUUCCAUGCUGCGGGCUGUGGGGCUGCACCACCUCCGGAGCCUCAGCUGCCCCAGCUGCCUCUUGGCUGAGCUCAGCGCAGCUUCCAGCGUCCUCCCCGCCCUCAAGAACCUCGACACCUGGGGAGACAGUCGGAGGCUCGCAACGUUUCUCCAGCAGAAGAGACAGUUGGAGACUGUACGCGUUCGCGGACUAACCGGUUCCAAAAAUGUCAGUACCUGGACUGAAAGCAGUAGCAGCGUCAACACGAGCAACGAAACUGCCCCGCACAAAGGCAUACUCUUGAAAAGCGAUAGACUGAGAGGACUGAGAUCUUCAGCCUCGGCAGCGUUUCUUCAAGAGGCUGAUGCCCUCACGGAGUUCUCGGGGCCGGGAUGUAUUUUAAAUGCGUGGCAGCUUUGCCCGAAACUGAAGAGACUUGAGUUGAUAGAAAACGCAGAACUUGCUGAUCAAUAUCUGUUGAGCGGCUGCACACCUCAUCUGGAGACUCUAUUGUACGGGGGCCGUUUGGUGGUGCCGCCGCCGGAACUCGCGCAGGCUUGCCAGGGCCUCCGUCAACUCCGCGUCCUGCACGCGUUGGUUUUGGACUUAGCAAAUUUUCCAGACCCGUCUGAUCCAGAAACAUCUCAACGCCCAGCACCUGGGGGGGUGGAGGGAGUCAUCUGGGGCCCUGGGCCUCUGCCUGACCUUUGGGCCUCACCGGUUAGCUCCCGUGUAACGCCCUUAAAAACGGAACAGAGGGACCCAUAUGAGCCUGAGAAACAGGCAACUUCCGGGCCUCCUGUGAGGUUCUUGGAAGGCUUGGAACAGCUGUAUGUUCACCGGCUGAUGGCAGCUCCGCGUACAUUUCACCACUACCUAAAGGCAGCACGCCGGCUGCGACUCGUGGCGUUCCAGCGGUGUGUCGGUGUGAGCCUAAGUUCGGUUGUUUGCACAUUGCAAAACUUUGGCUUUACCCGGAUGCAGCAAGACACUUUACCCAACCCCGAGUGCAGGGCCUUCGCCGCCAGCUUCAACGGCGGAAAGGUCCGCGACCGGUUCGUGGUGAUGAAAAGGGAAGCAUGCGGCAGCUAG